AUGCCGCUGACACAGCUUCUGGCAGUACUCGGCAUCAGUUUUGAGCUGGUGAUGGGUAUGCCGACGACCACACCUCCAGUUUACAAAUCGUGCGGCUCCCCCAAUGUCACGGGCAUGCAGUGCGUGCCCUACGAGCGCUGCAAUGAGGGCCUCAUGGUCGAUGGACACUUUUAUCCGGAGCGCAGUCGGACGCUGCUCGACGAGCGCAGCUGCCAUUAUAUGGAAAAGUGUUGUAAGAUCGAAAAUACGCUGCCGAGAGGCACGCCGGCCCCUCACAAUGCCACAACGGACUAUCUGCAAUGUGGCUGGCGUCUAGACUCGUGGUACUAUUUGCGUCCGCUGGGCUACAAGCAGCAGGAGGCCAAGUUCGGCGAGUUCCCGUGGCUGGUGGCCGUCUAUAAUGUGAAUGGCUCCUAUCUGUGCAGUGGGGCGCUCAUCACGCCCUUCGUAGUGCUGACAGCGGCGCAUUGCGUGCAACGCGAAGCCCUUGAAUCGCUUCAACUGGUCGCCGGGGAAUGGGAUGCGGCCGUGCAGCUGGAACCGCUUCCUCAUCAGACGCAACCGGUGGCCGAGGUGCUGGUGCAUCCGAACUACACACAAGCGCCCGCCGCUCACAAUGUGGCGCUUCUGUUCGCCGGCGCCGGCGGCUUUCAACUGGCGCCACAUGUGCAAACAAUUUGCCUGCCCCCGCUGCACACUGUCUACAACUAUACACAGUGCUAUGUGGCGGGUUGGCGGCGCUCCCAUUUCGGAGCCAACGAAACGCUGCCAAAGCGUUGGCCGCUCUACGCCCUGCCCCGGGAUCAGUGUGCCUCCAAGCUACGUUUGGCCAUCCUAGGCAGACGCUACGCCCUCAAUGAUACUCUGAUAUGCACGGGAGGGGACAAGGGCGAGUUUGUGUGCAAGGAUAUGGGGGGAGUGCCAUUGAUGUGCCUUUUGCCGGGUUGCGAUGAUCGCUUUGUGCUGGCCGGGCUGCUGGCUCGUGCCGCCCGCUGCGAUGGUCCCCAGCUGCUGGGAAUAUACACGAAUAUGAUGUUUUAUCGUCGAUGGAUCGAUCAGAAGCUGAGAGAACGCGAUUUGGACAUAAGGCAGUAUAUGGUGUGA